UAUUUCAGCUAUCCAAGAAUCUUGAUUUAAGAAACACUAGUGUUAUAAAGAGGCUAUUGUAUUAAUGGAGGAAAGACAGAAAAAGGGGAAUUUGGUGUUUGCAGUUAAUGGAGAGAGGUUUGAGCUGCCAUCUGUCGAUCCUUCGACAACUUUGCUUGAGUUCUUGCGCUCUGAGACUUGUUUCAAGAGUCCUAAGCUUGGUUGUGGUGAAGGUGGUUGUGGGGCUUGUGUUGUUCUGAUCUCAAAGUAUGAUCCGAAGUUUAAAAAGGUGGAAGAUUUUAGUGUAAGUUCGUGCCUUACACUUCUUUGUAGUUUAAACGGUCGUUCAAUUACUACAAGUGAAGGCCUUGGGAACACCAGAGAUGGUUUUCACUCUAUUCAUGAAAGGUUUGCCGGUUUCUAUGCUUCUCAAUGCGGCUUUUGCACUCCUGGCCUUUGUAUGUCACUUUUCUCAGCUCUCGUCAACGCCGAUAAAGGAAACAAACCCAAUCCUCCACCAGGAUUCUCUAAGCUAACUUCAUCUGAAGCUGAAAAUGCCAUAGCGGGAAACCUUUGUCGGUGCACUGGCUACCGGCCCAUUGCUGAUGCCUGCAAAUCUUUUGCUGCUGAUAUUGAUAUAGAGGAUUUGGGGUUCAAUUCUUUUUGGAAAAAGGGUGACUCCAAGGAAAUGAAAGUAAGUAAAUUACCUCCCUAUGAUCCAACCAAGAGUUUUAGUACAUAUCCCGAGUUCUUGAAAAGUGAAUCCGCCACAAAUUUGGACUCCUCAAAGUACCCUUGGUACAGUCCUGUUUCCAUUGAGGAGCUAUGGAGCUUGUUGAACUUCAAUGUGACAGUAAAUCGUGCAAGCUUUAAACUCGUCGUUGGUAAUACCGGCACAGGUUAUUACAAGGAAACUCAGCGAUAUGAUCAUUAUGUUGAUCUCAGGCACAUUCCUGAACUCUCAAUCAUCAAAAGAGAUCAUACAGGCAUUGAAGUUGGAGCAACUGUGACUAUCUCUAAAUUCAUUUCAGUCUUGAAAGAGGAAAGUAAUAUCAAUUUGGGUUCAUAUGGGAAGUUGGUAUCCCAAAAAUUGGCUGACCACAUGGAGAAGAUUGCUACACCAUUUGUUAGAAACUCUGCCAGUGUGGGAGGAAAUUUGGUUAUGGCACAGAAGAAUGGUUUUCCUUCUGAUAUCGCUACAUUACUUCUCGGGCUUUCUGCUACUGUUAGCUUGAUGACCAGUCAUGGACCUGAAAACCUCACAUGGGAGGAGUUAUUAUCAAGACCACCACUAGACUCAAAGACUGUGCUUCUUAGUGUUUGCAUCCCAUUUAAGAAAGAUCAAAGUUCUCACCAAACUCAUUCUAGAUUUUUGUUUGAAACCUAUCGAGCUGCUCCACGACCUCAUGGGAAUGCAUUGGCAUAUGUAAAUGCUGCGUUCCAGGCUGAUGUUUCUCACAGCAAGAACGGCGUCCUGAUAAACAAUAUCCAUUUGGCGUUUGGUGCGUAUGGCACAAAACAUGCAAAAAGGGCUAAAAAGGUAGAAGAAUGCCUAUCCGGGAAAAUGUUGAGUGUACAUGUUUUGUAUGAAGCACUUAAAUUAGUCAAACUAGCGGUGGUACCGGAAGAUGGCACUUUACACCCUGAGUACAGAUCAAGCUUGGCCGUCAGUUAUGUUUUUGAGUUUCUUUAUCCCUUAACUGAUGUUCAUUCUUCUAUUUCUGGUGGUUUACUUGAUGGAAUUAAUGACAUCACAGAUGAGGAACCUUCGGAAAGUAGUAAUAACGGUUGCAUUAGUCAGGGGAAAAAACAAACACUACUAUCUUCUUCUAAGCAGGUAGUGGAGUUUAGUACAGAGUACUCUCCAGUAGGUGAACCGUUGAAGAAGAUCGGAGCUGCCAUGCAAGCUGCUGGUGAAGCUGUUUAUGUAGAUGAUAUUCCUUCACCACCAAACUGCUUGAAUGGAGCAUUUAUCUACAGUACAAAACCAUUAGCUGGUGUCAAGGGAAUCCAGCUUGAGCCUACUCAUUUAACAGACACCACCAUAAUUACUUACAAAGAUAUCCCAGCAGGAGGGGCAAAUGCAGGAGCUGUUACACCGUUUGGCUCCGAGCCCUUAUUUGCAGAAGAUCUCUCCCGUUGUGCUGGCGACAGAAUUGCAUUUGUGGUUGCUGACAGUCAGAGAUCUGCUGAUGUGGCUGCAACAACAGCCCUCAUUGAAUACGACACUACAACUGUAGAUUCUCCCAUUUUAACUGUUGAGGAAGCUGUUGAGAAAGCUAGCUUUAUUCAAGUCCCUCCACCUUUUCAGCCUGCACAGAUUGGUGAUUUCUCAAAAGGAAUGGCUGAAGCUGAUAAAAAAAUUCUCUCUGCUGAGUUAAGAUUGGGUUCCGAGUACCAUUUUUAUAUGGAGACACAGACUGCCCUCGCAAUUCCAGAUGAAGACAACUGCAUGGUUGUUUAUACUUCAAGCCAGUGCCCUGAGAAUGCACAGAGUGUGAUUGCCAGUUGUCUUGGUGUUCCUGCACACAACAUCCGCGUAAUUACAAGAAGGCUUGGAGGUGCCUUUGGGGGCAAGUUUUCCAAAGCAAUGCAUGUUUCCACGGCCUGUGCACUAGCAGCAUACAAGUUAAGAAGACCUGUCAGGAUAUAUGUCAACCGGAACAGUGACAUGAUAAUGACAGGAGGACGACACCCGAUGAAAGUAACAUACAGUGUAGGAUUCAAGUCUAGCGGAAAGAUCACAGCAUUACAUCUUGAUAUAUUGAUAAAUGCUGGGAUCACAGAUGAUAUGAGCCCCAUCAUACCAUCAUAUCUGAUGAAUACACUAAAAAAAUAUAAUUGGGGUGCCUUAUCUUUUGAUAUACAAGUAUGCAAGACAAAUCUCACCAGCAAAACGAUCAUGCGGGGCCCUGGGGAGUUGCAAGGAUCUUAUAUCGCCGAAGCUAUAAUAGAGCACGUCGCAAGUUUACUGUCGAUUGAGGUGGACUCUGUCAGAAAUGAGAAUGUUCAUACAUUUGAAAGCCUUAACUUAUUCUAUGGUAACGUUGUAGCAGAAGGAGAAUAUACAUUGCCUAGUAUCAUGGAUAAGUUGGCAGUGUCGUCGAGCUUUUUCCAACGAAGCAAGAUGAUAGAACAGUUCAACCAGAAAAACACAUGGAAGAAAAGGGGUAUUUCUCGUGUGCCAGCUGUGUACAAUGCUUCGCAACGACCAACACCAGGAAAAGUCAGUAUUCUGCAAGAUGGAUCAAUUGUUGUGGAGGUUGGGGGAGUUGAAGUUGGCCAAGGGCUAUGGACAAAGGUUAGACAGAUGACUGCCUAUGCUUUCAGUUCAAUCGAAAGUAGUUGGGCCGAAGACCUUGUGGAGAAAAUACGAGUCAUACAAGCAGACACCUUAAGUGUAGUGCAAGGUGGGUUAACAGCUGGAAGCACUACAUCGGAAUCAAGCUGUGCAGCUGUUAAACUUUGCUGUAAUAUCUUGGUUGAAAGACUGACCCCUCUGAAGAAACAGUUGCAGGAAAUAAAUGGUUCUGUUGAUUGGCCAACGCUGAUUCGCCAGGCACAAACACAAUCAAUAAACUUAGCAGCAAAUUCUUAUUAUGUGCCAGAAUUCUCGAGGUAUUUGACCUUCGGCGCUGCUGUCAGUGAGGUGGAGAUAGAUGUUCUGACUGGAGAGACUACCAUUUUGCAGUCGGAUAUUAUUUACGACUGUGGACAGAGCUUGAAUGCAGCUGUUGAUUUGGGACAGAUUGAAGGUGCUUUUGUACAAGGAAUCGGAUUUUUCAUGAACGAAGAAUAUCUUACAAAUGUAGAUGGGUUAAUGGUCUCAAAUAGCACUUGGACAUACAAGAUCCCAACUAUUGACACCAUACCCCAGAAUUUCAAUGUUCAUCUCGUAAACAGUGGACAUCACGAACAACGUGUUCUUUCGUCCAAAACAUCUGGUGAACCACCGUUGUUUCUGGCAGCUUCGGUCCAUUGUGCAACAAGAGCAGCCAUUAAAGCAGCACGUGAACAGCUCAAACGUUGGGACAAGCUCGACGAGUCUGUUUCAGAAUUCUAUCUAGAUGUCCCUGCAAUAUUACCAGUUGUGAAGACACAGUGUGGCCUGGAUUAUGCAGAGAAGUUCGUAGAAACUUUGCUGGCUCGGAAAUCAACGUGCUUCAAAUGAUACUAAACUAUCCAGAAUGUUGUCGUACAUGUGUUGAUUCCUCCAAAAAUACACAUUACUUUUUGAGGAUCUGACAUGCACCCGGAGGCAUUUUCAAAGAGUCAUGAUCAUGUCUACUACAUCUUUAAUAUUCACCAAAUUUCAAGUACAUGACUAAAGAGCUAUAUAUGGUCUUAGUCAUAUAAUAAGAUGAUUUAUUUCUUCUAAAAUAUUGAUA